AUGGCCUCCCAACGCGCGGCGAAAUGCUACGCAGUAGAAAUGGAGUCCCAAGGACGAGGACUGGCGCUCUUUAACCCCAAUCCUGGGCGCCGUGGGCCAAUCAUCGACACCUCGCAGUCAAAUUCUGGUGUCGAGAUCGGCGACGUCGGCCACAUCAUCGACGGCGCCUUCUGCUUCCUCUUCAAUAUCCAUCGAUCGCGGGACGACAGACAGCUAUAUGGAGUUCCAGAAGGGUUCGAAGUCCUCCCUCGCGACGAUAACCAGAUAUCCCUACGUAUACAGGGGCCUCUCGAGAAGCCGCAGUUGCUACGUUCUGGCAGUCAAGUCACCGCGCAACUGAGUGCCGGUAUUGAUCUGGGGGUUCUCGGAGGCGCUUCGACGAGCUUCGAAUUCGAUCACGAGCGAGGGGCCGCUCUAGUAUACUUUGAUCGCCAUGAGGAGAGACGCGCCAUGAACAUCGGACACUACAAGCGUUAUUUUCGUAAACACUACCGCUCGUGGUUAUGUUUUGUGUCAAAUCUGGGUCGCGAACUCGUCAUUGGAGAUCUCGUUUUGGUGACAGGCUGCGAGCACACGCUAGCCUGGAUCACGUUCUGGAAAGAAACACGCUCUAUAGGUGGCAGCGUUGGACUCAACGUCCCCAUGGCAGUUGGCGGCGUUUCCGUAUCUUCCUCGGUUCAUGUGCGCGCUGGUCCCGACGUCCACUCUCUAUCUGGGCCAUGGGCGGCUGAGCGGCACGUAUCUUCUCGGGAGAGUCCAAGCGCAGCGCGAUUGCAGAACACCGACGACCCCAACCCUUCAGACCCCCCGCGUUCCUCUCCUGCAAUCACUCCUACUGGCCCCUCUUCAAGUUUGGUCGACCAGUGCAUCUUCAUUCGGCGGGUUCAAGGUUACAAGCCAGUAAAGGGUAUUCCAGCCGUUCUGAAAGCUGCUGCUGGACCUUCCGUUCUUCCGCCGCGCGAUCGCGAUCUUGAAGAAACCCAGUCAGUGCGCGCUGGCUCUGACGACACAGGUAGCGUGGAGUUCAUCGAAGAGACUCAAGGCUCUUCCCAGAUGGAUGACAGUCUGUUACCCCUCGCACUACGUGUUGUGGCCGAUGAAUACUCACCAUCUUGCGAAAAUGACAUUCUACUUCUACAUGACGAUGAGCUCCUACCUUUCCUUCCACAACCUGACGAAACGGGAAUCAUCUCCGAGCCGCUCACCGGUGUUCGAUCGUAUCUAGAGAGUCGCCUUCGCGGAUCUCCCCCACCCUGCCUGCAGAAAACGCAAGAAGGGUGGAUGCAGUCUGAGGAGGAGACAAGUCUCGUUUUCCUCCCACAUUCCGCGUCUAGAGGGCGUAUGCUGUAUAUCAAAGAACAGAUACGUAGCAUGGCACAUCGUAUCUUUCGUCCUUUGGGCAUUCUCUUUGAGCGCCAUCCGGAUGCAAAGUCCUUCAUCAUGGGGAGCUUUAUCCGUUGGUUGGCGCCACCGAUCACGAUACCUUCCAAGGACGCGACGUUAGUGCAUCAUAGCUCCCAUAGUAGCAUGGGUGAUCAUGAUAAUCUUCCAACCAACGACCGGACUUCCUACUCGCAUAUUCAUGCGCUCAUUAUCGGCAUCGAUAGCUAUGAAGAGGACGGAGUUGAACCCCUCACGGGCGCCGUCGCUGAUGCAGAUGCCGUAGCUGAAUACUUGCUCAAUGACUUGGGCGUUGCACAGUCUCAGAUUAUCAUGCUGCGCAAUGAGAUGGCGACAAAAGGCGCGAUUCUCCGGCAUCUGAGGGCGUUGUGCGAGCUCAAGACCCUCCGCAAUGGAGACCCAAUUGUCGUCUAUUUCUCUGGGCACGGUGCCACCGAAGCAGUUCCGGAUCCAUGGUUGGGGCUGAAGCACAUCACGACAGUCGUCCCACACGAUGCCCUUCAUGACAACGGGGGCAGUAUGGAGUUGACUCGCAUCUCAACUCAGACUCUUGGUCAGAUAUUGAAUGCCGCUGUCAAUCGACUCAACAGUAAUGGUCUAGGGGACAAUAUCACUCUGAUUCUGGACUGUUGCCUAGCUUAUACCUUCGAGCGUGAAUCCACACGAGAUACUAAUAAAUCAUCUCCUGGGUUCAUCUCCAGUCCUUACGUUACACUUUGUGCCAAUCAAGUAGGCGGGAGGGCGUAUGAGAAGGAUGGUCGGGGGUGGUUCACCCGGCACCUUCUCGAGGCCUUACGCAGGCUCGGUCCAAGGCUCGGUACAACCACGUACCAAGAUUUGGUCAGUUGCAUCCCGGCCAAUGAUGACCAGAUGCCCAGAUGCGAGGGCCGUCACUCAGAUCGUAUACUCUUCAGCACCCGCACUGCAGGCCACAACUCCGAUACCCAUCGCGUUAUCGAGAGGUCUGACACGUAUACUAUGGAAGCAGGCUCCGUGCACGGAAUCGCACUUGGCUCUCAUUUCUCUCUCUACCCGUCUUCCGAUAUCGACCCCGACGAUAAGCCCCUGACAUAUUUGAUCGCAACAUCUGUCGAGCCUUUCAGGACUGCACUUAGCCCGAUCCCGGACUUUUCGUUUGGACUUACAUCGGUCUACCAUCAGGCCAUGCCUUUCUCCGCAAGGCCCGCGGGGCCCACACCGACGGGUUCGAAUAGUCAGCUGCGCGUGCACGUAUCUUCGAACUCCAUGAGUUCGAGCGCAUCCGACAUUAUGAAAGCGUUGUCUACCGCGACUCUGGACAUGCAAUGGGUAGAUGAACAGGAAUCGGACUUGACUGUGCGAGAGCGCGACGGCACAACCGAGUACUUCAUCUGCGACCCCGAUAUCAUGGCGAACGGUUUGCAUCGUCUGCCUCAGACGACCAUAUCCGAUUCCCCCCAAGUCCUCCGCGUACUACGUGCCGCCCGCCACUUUCUCCUCAGUAUGCGUCGCUCACCGCCGACAUCCGCCUUGAAGGCACACGUCCGAAUGCACGUUCACGCUCUCAGUACUGGAAUUCAACUACAGGCCACUACGAAUACACCCCACAACAAUGCCAUCCAGCACACUUUCCACUACUCAGAGAGUGUCUUGGUUAUACGUGAUGAAGGGGAACGUUUCGGACUCUUUCUAGAGAACCAGUUCCAGCUGCCCCUUCACGUAUGGGUGUUCUACUACGAUUGUAAUGAUCUUUCCAUCACGGAGCUCUAUAGGCCUCCGAUAUGGGGCUGCCAUGGUCAGCCUUCACUACCUGGCAUUGGCGGUAAGCUGUCGAUUGGGCAAGGUCGGGACGAAGGGAGAGCGUUCACACCUUACCUGCGACCGGGAGAUAAAGUAGGAGUCGGUUUCAUUAGAGCUUUCGUGUCUACAGACCCCGUGGAUCUCUCCGGCAUCCAGCAGCUUUCUCCAUUCGAUCGUAGACGUGCCCGUGGUGUGCUGCUCCGGACCCAAGAGACUGAGCAUGCGCAAGUCUGGGAUGUCAUCAGCUUGGCCGUUGUACAAAAACGGCAUCUGGAUGAUAACACUCCCUCAACAACCUGA